UUGUAACAUAUAUUUUAAGGUAAUAAGUUGUAGUGUAUUUAUCAAAUGUUGCUUCCUUUGUAACUAAAUAAUUGCAAUAUUUUUCCUCGGCACGGACUCCUACAUGUCUUUCUCUCUUUGUAGAUUAGUCAACUAUGUCCUGAAAAAUUAAUAAUUACCAACCCAAAUUUCGAACUCAAUUAUCCAGUAAUUUCGCACAAAAAUUGCACCUUAAUAAAAAAUUCAAGCAAAAAAUCGUUUUUUCAUGUAAUAACUAAUAAUAUAAUAUUGUGAAAUAAAAUAUUAAAUAAUAAUACUUCCUCUGUUUCAUUUUAAUUGUUACACUUUGACAUUUUACACUAUUCACAAAUUGCACUUUGACCCUCGUUUGCGAUUUAUAGUGAAUAAAAACAUAGUCAUGUGGGAUCUUGUUAGACUCGUCUUAGUACAUAUUUUAUUAAUAUGUACUUUUUAUAAUAUUUACAAAUACAAAACUAGAGAUAUAUAUCGUCAAAGUUGAGCAUUGACAUGCGUGAAAAGUGCAAGUGUACAAUUAAAAUGAAACGGAGGGGGUAUUAUUAUUAAAACGAAUAAACAGAUCUGUAUUCGGGUAAUAUUUAGGACCCGAUACAGAUCUUUUUCUUCCAAAGAGGAUCCAGAUCAUACUCGGAUCCAUAUAUAUGGUCCAAAAUUUGUGGGAUCCUAACCUGUCAAAAAUGGAUCUGGAUCCACGGAUUCGGACAAGGUCCAUGACCCACUGCCAUCCCUAGUUGUGCAUAACACAAUGUUUUUUUUUAUAUAUAGUUUAGGUCUCGUUUUAUUCAAUAGAAGGCUGCAAAUCCAAAUAGUCGAGUACAGGGAAUUGAUGGGCGUCCAAACCAGAAUAAUUCUUACAGAGUGAGAUAAGACAUUAUGAGAUACAAACUAAGCCUCAAUCAUACAGCAUGGCCUAGAUCCAGGCCAAAAACUCUGCAUUUCUAACCAAACCUUGCUUUGCCAAAAUGUCUGCAACUACAUUGGAACUACGACCUUUGUGGAAGAUGGAUAAACCCAGCCAAUGUAACAAUUAAAAAGAAACAGAAGAACUAAGUAUUAGUGAAACUCUCCUAUAUGAGCAGGAAACUAAUAGUUCUUCGAAAUAGUACUCCCUCUAUUUCUUUUUUAUCCUUUUCACUUUCAUGUGCACGUCUCCUUUUGCACGUAAGUAUUAGUGUCAAGAUUUUAAGUAAGAAAGAUAAAAAAAAAUAUAGAAAUUACCAAUGUGUUUGGUUCAUUUUUAGUAAAGGAAAAGAAGAGAAAAGAAAGGAAGGGAAGAGAAAAGAAAAGAAUGGAAGAGAAAGAAAAAAAAACCUUAACUUCCCAUGUGUGGUAUAAAUUUUCUCUUUCCUCCCAAAUUCCCUCACUUUUGGAGGAAAGGAAAGUGAAAUUUUAUUAAAGAGUCCUUCCUUCCCAUUCCUACCAUUUUCUUUCACCUAAUUUUUUUCUUUUAAUGAACCAAACAUUGAAAAGUAAAAAAAAUUUAGAGGUGAUCAUUUUGGCCCGGCCCGACCCGUUUUGGGCCGGGUUUUGGGUAGAUUUUUUCGGUCCGUUGUCGGGCCCGACCCGAUUUUUUUGGCAUAUUGGGCGGGCUUUGGGCAAGCCAAAAACGACUUUUAGUCUAUUUUUUGCCCGGCCCGUUUUGGCCCGCAAAAGCCCACUAAUUUAGGCCCGAAAUAACGGGCUUUGGGCGCAAAAAUUCGGCACGAAUUUAGGCCCGGCCCGGUCGAUGGACAAUUUUUUUUGCCCUUGCCCGGCCUAUGAUCACCUCUACAAAUUUCCUUCCAUUUCUUUUCUUUUCCUUCCAAAUUCUUUCUACCAAACAAGCUGUAUAUAAUAUUGUAGUAUAACCCUUUCAAAAAAUAAAUAUUAGUACUUCAAAUUGUUUAAAAAGUUUGUGGGAGAGAAACAGCCAACAAGACCGAUAGUUACAACUUACAUCAUAUUGCGUCCACACAUUACCUUGUACCUCCAUUCUUUAAAUUUUGUGUUGAGCUACAUGCAUGGUUGAACCUCCAUUCUCUUCAAUGGAAAAGGAAGAAUUUUCUGUAAAUUUUGCAGAAAAUGAAGAUAUAGUGAGAGAAAAAUACAUUUGCAAAGAUGGUUGUUAUUAUCAACGAGUUGAUAACUCUGUUCCAUAUAUGGAACCUCUACUCGUUGAUUAUUCUCUCCUUAUCUCCUCAUCUUCAUCCCAAAAAGCAACAGAUGAACUUGAAAAAUUCAAGUCAGCUCUUUCUUCAUAUGGUUGCUUCCAGCUGAUAAACCAUGGUAUACAAAUCUCACUACUUGAUGAGAUAAAGAAGAUAUCAAGGCAAUUUUUUGCACUUCCUAUGGAAGAGAAGCAAAAAUAUGCAAUGUUACCAAAAGAUACAAAUGGCUAUCAACGUGGAGCAGUUACUAAUCCAACUCCUACCAACCAAGUUCUUGAUUGGAAUGAAGGGCUAAAUCUCACACUUUUUCCUGAAGAUCGUCGUCAGCUCAAAUUUUGGCCUGAGAACCCUCUUCAUUUCAAGAAGGUGAUGUGUGAAUACACAACGAAGUUAACAGACAUAUUUGAUGUUCUCUUCAAGUUGGUGAUUCAGUCGUUGAACGUGGAUGAAGAAAGAUGUGCAAAUCAAUAUGGAAAAAACAAAGAAAUUAAUGCAAGAUUUAAUUUCUAUCCAAAAUGCCCUGGCCUUAAUAAAAAAGUUCUUGGGUUGAAGCCACAUGCAGAUUUUUCAGCAAUGACACUAGUGUUGCAAGAUGAGGAAGGACUUCAAGUCCUCAAAGAUAAUCAAUGGUUCAUGGUUCCUGUCAUUCCUCAUGCUAUAUUUCUUAAUCUUGGUGAUCCAAUUGAGAUAAUGAGCAAUGGUAUUUUCAAGAGUGCAGUGCAUAGAGUGGUGACAAAUACAGAAAAAGAGAGGGUUUCAAUAGCUGCAUUUUGGGAUAGCGAUAGAAAUAAUGAAAUUGGACCCUUUGAAGAACUUGUUACUGCUGAUCAUCCUCAACUUUACCAACGAAUUUCUCUCUUGGAUUAUACCAGUAAUUAUUUCCAUUACUAUCAAUCAGGGAAAAGAUCAAUUGAUGCUGUUAGAAUUUAAAUAUGGCCAAUUUCAUGUGGGGAUUAAAUUAACUUUGAUGACUAUUCUUCAACUUUUUAAGUUUUCUCUAUCGUAGUACUCCUAUUAUUUCUUAAUUACUUCGGUUAUUUAUAUGAAGAUGUAAUGGUCUACCAAAUCCGUCAUUAUUAAAAACCCCAUGAACUUCUUUGCUCUUA